AUGUUGCAGACGUAUCGCCUGGUGCAGCUGUUGGGGUAUCUGUUCCUAGUGCUAGGCCCCGUGGCACACCCGCCGGAGUGGCCCAGGAAUGCUUAUGUACAAGAUGGUGACAGUUUUGACUUCAUAGUGGUGGGUGCUGGUUCAGCGGGCGCGGUGCUGGCGAGCAGACUGAGUGAAGUGGGCGAGUGGCGCGUGCUGCUGCUGGAGGCCGGCGGGGACCCGCCUAUAGAGAGUGUGGUGCCGGGUCUGCUGGGCUCGCUGGUGCACAGCGAGUUCGACUGGGACUACUACUCUCUGGACGACGGCUACUCGGCGCAGGCGCAGCGCACGCCGGGCCGCGUGCCGCUCACCCGGGGGAGGAUGCUCGGCGGAUCCUCCAGCAUCAAUGCUAUGCUUUAUGUCAGAGGGAACCCAGAAGACUACAACAGCUGGGCAAGAAUGGGUUUCGACGGAUGGGACUGGAGCUCUGUAUUCCCAUAUUUCUUGAAAAACGAACAAUUUCAAGUGGAAGAAUUACUGAAAGAUCCAGUUUACGGACCCUACCACAAUGCUGAUGGACCCGUCAAAGUCACCGUCCAAGACACAAUUGACCCGAAUGUAGCAAACAAACUAGAAAUUAUAGCUGAUUCUUUCCAAGAGAUUGGUAUCAAUAAAAUUAUAGAUUAUAACGGACCGGAACAAUUCGGAGUCUCUUAG